AUUGCUAUUUACUUUUGUGUCUUUCAGAAUCAACAUAUCGUCACCAAGCCAACAUUGACGAUGAGGUUGUUGCCAUGGAGAUCCUGGACACUGCCGGGCAGGAGGACAUCCAGCAGAAGGAGAGUCACAUGCGUUGGGGAGACGGAUUUGUCAUUGUGUAUGACAUCACAGACCGCGGGAGCUUUGAGGAGGUGGCUCCGCUGCGAAGUCUCCUAGAGGAGGUGAAGAGGCCCAAAAACGUGCCGCUGGUCCUGGUGGGCAACAAGUCGGACCUGGACCACGCCCGGCAGGUGGGCACCGAGGAGGGCGAGCGUCUGGCUGCUGAAAUGGCGUGCGCCUUCUACGAAUGUUCAGCGUGUGCCAACGAGGGGGGCACCGUGGCCGAGGCCUUUCAUGAGCUGUGUCGCGAAGUGAGGCGCCGCAAGGCCGUGCAGGGCAAGGCCCGUCGCCGCAGCUCCACCACACACGUCAAACAGGCCAUCAACAAGAUGCUGACCAAGAUCAGCAGCUAAGGGAGAGUGGUUGCACGAGAAAUGUACAUUUAUCUCCUGUAAAUGUUUCUAGAAAUGCUUGGCUCUGGAAUGUGUUCUUUUUCUCUGAUCGUUUUUCAAUUAAAAUGUUCCAAGUGCAAUAUCUCUCCCCACUGGAAGAUGUAAAGCACUCACUCUGAUCAGAAGUAUCAUGGAGUUUCAUAAGGAACCAUAAAUAUCAUGAGGUUCUCCCUUUUUGUGAAAGUGAUGCAUGAAAGACGUAUUUUCUGGCAUGCCAAGGACCCAAGGAUUUAUUGAUGUGGAAAGAGAAGAUUGUUGGUUUCCUCUCUGUAUCUUGUCUGUAGGGGGUAUUGUGAUGUGCGCAGCCCCUGUGUGUAACCGUUCUGUAAGCAGUGAUCAAGGCCAAAUUAAAUCGAAGAAUUAUUUCAAUAUAAAAGUAGACAACCCUUGACAAUCCCAGGGUUGUCAAUGUCCUUCAAAACAGAGCGUGUAUCAAAGUCCCAUCCUUCCUGCUGACAUGAUGUUCUGCCGUGUGCUCUGUUGUCCUCUACACGUGGACCCAAGAGUUUUUCCUGAAGGAACCAAAGCACAGGUCCACCACACGUCAGGGUUUUCUAAGUGAAGCUGUCCUGUCAAUCCAGCAUGUCACAUUCCAGGGAUUCUCUGUAAAUGUAAAAGUGUAGACUACAGUAUGUAUAAAUGAUAUAUUGCCUUAAGCAAUGCUGUGUCCUACAGAAGCCAAAGGCGUCUACAGUAAGCUACUGUAACUGUUGAGAUGUAAUGUUUUCUUCUUCAUGUGAGUGACCUGUAUGAUCAAACAACCAGUUGUGCACUUGUAAUUAAAAACUGAGAUAUAACUA